AUAUUUAGAAAAAAGAAAUCUUGGAAUCUUGGAAAUUGGCUGCUGUUCCCGGUGUUAGCACCGAUUUAGCAAUCUUUGGAAUAACAGUUAAUUCACAUUCUCUACAUUAUUAUAAAAUAUCCCAAGAUGCUGUCCUCACAAUUACUUAAUGGAAUCAAAAACUCUAUCAAAACAGGAGUAUCCAAUCGCAACAUUGGGAUUCUUGCUCCAUGUUUACAGAAAGCCACAGAUCCCAUUCAACAACUAUUUGUGGACAAAAUUCGUGAAUACAAGCAGAAAAGUAGUAGUGGAAAGAAUUUAGUAGAACCAACUCCGGAACUUGAGAAGGAACUGAAAACUGAAUUGGAGAAAGUUGCUAGGCAAUAUGGUGGUGGAUCAGGAGUUGAUAUGACCAAAUUCCCAUCAUUCAAAUUCCAGGACCCUGUUAUUGAUCCAAUUAAUUUGGAAAAGUGAAUGAAAUAUUCCUUAUUCAAUAUAAUAAACAGUAGGCAAUAGAAUGUUGGUUUUUUUAAGAGA